AUGGUGAACAAUUUGGUUAGCUCACAACAACACAUGCAGAACAAUAUGCAGUCCAACAAUGAUGUGGUACAUAAGCUUCAAGACGCUCAAGUAGAGCAACAGGCAGCCAUGGACAUGCUGGAAAAGCAGCUAUAUCAGAUCGCAACUUCCCUGAGUGAGAUGUGCAGAAACGAAGGACGGAUUCCUGCCUCAGUUAAGCCACCGGACAGGGCGAACGUCAGUCAGAUCACCCUCAGAUCUGGCCGAGAGUAUGAAGGUCCGACAAUGAAGAUUGAUGAAGGGAUGAAUCAAACCCCACUAGAGAAAGAAACUGAAACAGGGGAAGCCAGAACAAAGGAUGAUAUCCAGAACAGAGACUUUGGGAAACCAGUACCCCAAGCGGCUGACCCACUCUUUUCAGACCCAGGAGCUGAGGUGGAGGUUGAAGAAAUAAGGAAAGAAGCUGGAGAAUCAUCCAAGGGAGAUGUCAGCAACAAGGCGAACCAAGUGAAACCUUUUCCCUACAGAGGGGAGGUCAAGAAGAAGAAGGAUGAUCUGGUAGACUUCAUGGAAAUCUUCAGCAAGUUCAUCAAGGAAUUUAUCACCGGGAAGACUAAACCCAAUGGCAAAAUAGUGAUCGGAGAAACUGUGUCGGUAGUGAUUCAGAAGAGGAGGAUGUCGUCGAAGCGCACUGACCCAGGAGCAUCAAUAAAUGUUUUACCACUUUCCAUCUAUAAGAAAUUGGAAAGAGUAAGAAUGGUUUAUACGAAAGUGGUAAUUCAAUUAGCGGAUAGGUCGUGCAUUAGUCCCGAGGGUGUGCUGGAAAACGUGAUAGUUAAAGUGCAUGAUUUCUUGUAUCCAGCUGAUUUCCAUGUGAUUAAGAUGAGUGAGUAUGAAUCUGCUGAAUCUAGCGGAGUGCUUUUAGGUAGACCAUUUCUGCGCACCGCUAAGACCAUAAUUGAUGUGUUUGAUGGAACCAUAUGUUUGGAUUAUCAUGGGGAGAAAUUCACGUUCAAUAUUGAUGAGGCUAUGAAAAAGCCGUUGGAUGUGGAAAAUAUGCAUGUUGUGGAUAUUAUUAAACCCUAG